GGGGGGCGGGUCCUGCGCCGGGCCCCCGCGGGGAGCGGCGGCCGGUGGCGCAGGCGCGGUUCCCGCCUCCUCCUGGACUGGCGGAGCGAGUGGAGGAGGCUGCAGCCCCCGGCUCCGGCUCCGGCUCCGGCUUCGGCUCCGGCUCCCCGUCACCGCCCCUUCCCCGAGCGGGAUGAGCUCCCGGAAAGUGCUGGCCAUUCAGGCCCGAAAGCGGAGGCCGAAGAGAGAGAAACAUCUGAAAAAGCCGGAGCCGCAACAAAAAGCUCCCUCUGUACCCCCUCCACCACCACCACCUCCACCACCACCUCUACCAGAACCAGCACCACCAGAACCAGAAGAGGAAAUUCUGGGAUCUGAUGAUGAAGAGCAAGAAGACCCUGCAGAUUAUUGCAAAGGUGGCUACCAUCCAGUGAAAAUCGGAGACCUUUUCAAUGGCCGCUACCAUGUUAUUAGAAAGCUAGGAUGGGGACACUUCUCUACAGUCUGGCUAUGCUGGGAUAUGCAGGGAAAAAGAUUUGUGGCAAUGAAGGUUGUAAAAAGUGCCCAGCAUUAUACAGAGACAGCCUUGGAUGAAAUAAAGUUGCUCAAAUGUGUUCGUGAAAGUGACCCAAGUGACCCAAACAAAGACAUGGUUGUACAGUUAAUUGAUGACUUCAAAAUUUCAGGCAUGAAUGGCAUACAUGUUUGUAUGGUCUUUGAAGUACUUGGCCAUCACCUACUAAAGUGGAUAAUCAAGUCAAACUACCAAGGUCUUCCCAUCCGUUGUGUAAAAAGUAUAAUUCGACAGGUUCUGCAGGGUUUAGAUUAUCUACACAGCAAGUGCAAGAUUAUCCAUACUGAUAUCAAGCCAGAAAACAUUUUGAUGUGUGUAGAUGAUGCGUAUGUACGUAGGAUGGCGGCAGAGGCCACAGAGUGGCAGAAAGCAGGUGCUCCUCCUCCUUCUGGCUCAGCAGUGAGUACUGCUCCACAACAAAAGCCUAUAGGAAAAAUAUCUAAAAACAAAAAGAAAAAACUGAAAAAAAAACAGAAAAGGCAGGCAGAGCUUUUGGAAAAACGCCUUCAGGAAAUAGAAGAACUGGAGCGAGAAGCUGAAAGGAAAAAAAUAGAAGAGAACAUCACUUCAACUAUACCCACGAAUGAUCAGGAAGAUGAAUACCACCCAGAAGUAAAACUAAAAACAGCAGGAUUGAAGGAGGCAGCUGAUGAAGAACCUGCAAAUGAUGAUGGUGAAACUGAAGAUCAAGAGGAGAAAGAAGAUACUGAAAAAGAAAACACAGAAAAAGAUGAUGAUGAUGUUGAACAGGAACUUGCCAACACAGACCCUACAUGGAUAGAAUCCCCCAAAACAAAUGGCCAUAUUGAAAAUGGCCCAUUCUUAUUGGAACAACAAAUAGAAGAUGAAGAAGAUGAUGAGGAAGAGUGCCCAAAUCCAGAGGAAUAUAAUCUUGAUGAGCCAAAUGCAGAAAGCGAUUAUACGUAUAGUAGCUCCUAUGAACAAUUUAAUGGUGAUUUGCCAAAUGGACGACAUAAAAUUCCUGAGGCACAGUUUUCAGAGUUUACAGCUUCAAUGUUUUCUGGGGCUUUAGAGUCUGUGGCCUGUGGCUCUGCAGUUUCGGAUGGAUCGGCUCUAACUGAGCAAGAAGAAAACAGUCCAUCUCAUGACAGGAGCAGAACAGUUUCGGCAUCCAGUACUGGAGAUCUGCCAAAAACAAAAACCCGGGCUGCUGACUUGUUGGUGAAUCCCCUGGAUCCAAGGAAUGCAGAUAAAAUUAGAGUUAAAAUUGCUGAUCUGGGAAAUGCCUGCUGGGUGCACAAGCACUUCACAGAAGAUAUUCAGACUCGUCAGUAUAGAUCCAUAGAAGUUUUAAUAGGAGCUGGUUACAGUACACCUGCUGAUAUUUGGAGUACGGCAUGUAUGGCAUUUGAGCUUGCAACUGGAGAUUAUUUGUUUGAACCACAUUCGGGUGAAGACUAUUCCAGAGAUGAAGACCAUAUAGCACACAUCAUAGAGCUUCUAGGCAGUAUCCCAAGGCACUUUGCUCUGUCUGGAAAAUAUUCUCGGGAAUUCUUCAAUCGCAGAGAUCACAUAGCAUUGAUCAUUGAACUGCUGGGGAAAAUCCCUCGAAAAUACGCUAUGUUGGGGAAAUAUUCCAAGGAGUUUUUCACCAAAAAAGGAGAACUACGGCAUAUUACGAAGCUGAAGCCCUGGAGCCUCUUUGAUGUGCUUGUGGAGAAAUAUGGUUGGCCUCAUGAAGAUGCUGCACAGUUUACAGAUUUCCUGAUCCCGAUGUUAGAAAUGGUUCCAGAAAAAAGAGCUUCAGCUGGAGAAUGCCUUAGGCAUCCUUGGUUGAAUUCUUAGCAGAAUCUCCAAAUAUAACAUUCUGAGCUAGCAAAUAUUUUCCAGUACAUCGGACCUAAAUGGUGACUCUCAAAUUCUUUAACAGGAUUACAAGUGAGCUGGCUUCAUCCUCAGACCUUUAUUUUGCUUUGAGGUACUGUUGUUUGACAUUUUGCUUUUUUGUGCACUGUGGUCCUGGGGAAGGGUAGUCUUUUGUCUUCAGCUAAGUAGUUUAUUGACCCACUCUCUUCUGGAAACACUUAAUACCUUGUCUCUAAACAUUGUUUCUUGUGUUGUGUGGCAUUCAAAUGUCAUUUUCUUGAACGAAAAAUACUUUCCCCUUCUUUGUGUUUCGGCAGGUUUUGUAACUAUUUAUGAAGAACUCUUUUAGCUGAGUAUUCUAUAAUUUACACGCUUAAAAAAUUAUCAAGUUGGAAUCAAGAAAGACAUGGCAAGGAAAUGUAAUUUUAUCUGCUGGCAAAGGGAUAUCAUUCUUGUAUUAUAGUAUAUGUAAAUGUAACCUGUAAAUGUUUCUUUCCAUUAAAUUUGGGAUGGGACUCCAAUUUCAGAGUAAAGCUACCAAGUUUUGAGUGAUUUGUAGCCUCUAAGUUGCAUGUAGCAGACAUCAGCUGCUUUGAAGUUAUAUGAACUUCUGAUUCCAUAGCAAUUCUGUUUACAUUGGAUUUUAAACAAAGCAGCUCUAAUUUACAAGAUUUCUUUCCCCAUAUGGCACUUUAACAGAAGGCAAGACUUAUUUCUCAUUCUAAAACAUGGAUUACACACUUGCACUCCCAUUGGAUAUUUUGCAUCUUUUUUUAAAAAGUGCUUUUAAGGAAAAAAAUUUCCCUUAUAAUGUGAUAACAUGCUACCAAGUGGUAUUUAUUUCUGCCAACAAGCACUAAGUUGAACUAUAUGCAGGUUAAAUUGAGCAAAGGAAACAUUUCUACGUGUGCAGUGAAAAUUAUGUUUGAGAAAGGGUAUUUUAUGUCUAAAAAGCAAGGGGUAUAGUGUACAAUUUGCAAUGCAACGGACAGAGAAAGCUCCCCAAAUCUCAGAGGUCAGAGAUCACGUUCAUUCUUCAUGUAGCUUUACAUGUUUCUAACAACAAAUUGCACUAGUUUUUUGUGUUUCCAUGAACUCAAGUACAAAGAAAAUAAUUUCCCCUUUGCAGGUUGCAUUUGGUUUAUGCGUGUAGAAUCCUGGACACAACCAUAGUAGGCAAUACAGAUUUUAGAAUGUUAAUAUACAGAGGUAUUUUGCCUCUUUUAGAAGUCAGUGGGAUGAAUGUAAUUUUUUUCCAGUUUUACACAUUAAUUAUGGUGCCACUUUUUCUUGACUUUGUCCAUUUAUUCACAUGCCUUUGCAAUAACUAGAUUGUGAAAAGAUACCCAAGUGUUGUAACAAUAACCUAUUGUUUGAGGUGCUUGCAGUUGUCUAAUUAAUUAAAGUGUUUUGUUUUUUUUUUCAGACAUUGUGCUGGUCAUUGGACUAUGUUUGACAUAACUAUAUACUAACAUUUUCUAGUUAUUUACUGUUACGUAAUUUUAGCAUUAUAAUACAAAACUCAAUGAAUUGAAUGUUAAAGUGUUGGAACCCUAGUUGCAUAACUUAGGCAGUGUGGUUAAAGAACCAGAAAUCAGUUAUUUUUAAGGGUAGACAUAGGAAUGUGAAAAUUGAGUUGCAUUCUAAAAGGAAUAGGGUUCCAGAAGCCAAAAGUGAGUAGUCUUCCAAAUGCUAGGGCUUAAUCAAUGAUGCUUCUUGCUCAUCAUCUCAUAGAACUUUCUUUUAAUAGAAAAAAGGGGGCGGGGCUAAAAUUGCAUUAAGAGAGAUACAGAUGAGAUCUAAGAAUUUUGAAAAGCUAAGAUUUUGAAAUAUUUGGAAUGGAAUUGAUUUAGGUUCAAGAUGUUGGGCAUUAGAUGAUACUGAGAUCACUGCCAGCCUUAAAAUAGAAACAUAAAGGAAAGUAACUACACGAGUUGUUUAGGCUUUCAGAACUAGAAAGAAUAGAAAUGAUCUAGUCUUAAUGGCCUAAUUUUUUAUUUUCUUGCUCAUAGUUAAUGAGCUCAGACUACAACCCCAAUCUCUUGACUUGCCCAGGUUUCAUAAAUUAGUGGAAAUAUCCUAGAAUAUAAUUUGUUGUAGGACAGUACAUCGAACUCUUGAUCAUUGACAUGUACAGUGGAAAGCAUGUUUGACUUGGAAUCAGAACCUGGCUUCAAAUGGCUCUGAUACAGACUAUUUAUAUGUGACACUGGGUAAAUCACAACUUCUCAUGGCCUUUUUCUUCAACUCUGAAAUGGAGCAUUGAAUUAGAUGACCUCUAAUGAUCUCUUAUAGCUCUAAACCACAGGUGUAGCUUAACUACUCACUGACCUCAAUUUGAUCUCCCAUUCCCUUUUCUUCUCUCCAUAUGAAGCUGAAUGAUAAUAUAUAGCACGUAAAGAAACUUCCCACUUGCAGGGAUUUGAAAUAUUUUCUAACUCUAGAACUUUCUUUUGUGGCUGUUGGACUUUCCAAACAUACACAAGAUGAUAUGUGGUCAGUAUUAGCAGGAUCUUAGAAAGUGGAAGAGAUCUUAGAAGCCAUCUAGUCUAAUUCCCUCAUUUCACAGUUGAGGAAACUAGAUCUGAGAGAAGUUGCCCAACAUCACAGUGGUGAUAUGGGACAACUGAGAUUUUAAUCUGGACUUGCCUCCAGAACCAGCACUCUUUCCCCUUAUACUGUUGCCUUUUGGGUCUGUACUUUUUUUUUUUUCCAUUUGCUGAUAUGGGGCAACAGUGGGGAUUUUAGUCUUGCUCUGUAUAACUCAGUACAUUAACAUCCAUUGUGCUCUUUUCUGAAAUAGUAAUAUACUAGAGGAUUUUGUACAUUAAAAAAAUUGACUAUGCCCUCAAUUUACUUUUUUGACUGUAGGCUCUCAAGCUGUUUUUUUUCUUUGGAAAAAAAUGUAUAAUUUUGGUAGUAUCUAGUUUCGGUAAAGAUUAAAGAUCUAAUUUUGGGGUGGAGAGUAUUGUGGUGUAACUGCAUUUGCCUGUUUUAUUAGAAUAAAAGAUAACAGAAUCAAGA